CUUUAUUUCCCUUCUAAUCCGCUCCUCCUGUCCGAACAGGCAGAGCGAGAGUGAGCGAGAGAGAGAGUGAGAUUUCGUGUUCUGAUCUCUUCUUGGUUUGGAUUGCUCUUCGCUUUUCUUGCAUGCUCUCGUAGCGAGAGAGGGCGAAUUCGAGCGAGGCGAGGUGACGGAGAGGCGGUUUCUCGGUUCGGGGUUGUGGGGUUAGGGUUCUUGAGGGCGUUGGCAGAUGAAUCGCCGGUCGUCGAUCACCUCUUCGACCUCCGCGGCGGCGUCCGCUUCGGCGAAGAGGCCGGCUGCGAUGGAGAAUGCUGCCAAAUUGGCGACAGCUAUGGGGGAGCAGGCCAAGAAGAGGGUCGCUCUUGGGAACAUCAGCAACCAGAGCAAUGUGGCACGUAACCCUGCGAGGCCGCUCGGGGCUAAGAGUGCCAAUAAGGCCAUUCCAACAAGUUCAGCGUCAACAGUGAAAAAGGGAUCUCUGACUGGUGCUCGUGAUACAAGAUUGAGUCGAAGUUCUGCAGUUACUUCAGCCACCAUUAGACCAAAUACAAACAAAUCCAGCAAGAGAAGUUCGCUUCCUGUCAACAAUGGACCUAAGCCUGCAGCUGCUGCCAGUCUCACAUCCUGCAUUAUAGUUGAGUCCUCUAAUUUCUCGGGAGAUUCUGUUUCUUUGGAUGAAACAAUGUCAACAUGUGACUUGAUGAAAAGUCCCGACGUGGAGUAUAUAGACAACGGAGAUUCUUCAGUCGUAGCUUCUCUGGAAAGACGAGCAACUGAAAACCUACACAUAUCUGAGCAUGUAGCUGCAGCAGGUUCCACAUCAAAUAUUGAUGUUCCUACACCGAUGGAAGUCGACAAUGUCAUUGAUGUCGAUACAAAUCACAAUGAUCCACAAUUUUGUACUACACUUGCUUGUGACAUCUACAGACAUUUGCGCAUAGCUGAGACUAAGAAAAUACCUUCUACGAAUUUCAUGGAAACAAUUCAGAAGGACAUAAAUGCAAGCAUGCGUUCAAUUCUAAUAGAUUGGCUUGUAGAGGUUGCAGAAGAAUAUCGCCUGGUACCUGAUACAUUAUAUUUGACUGUUAAUUACAUCGAUCGAUAUCUCUCUGGAAAUGAGAUAAACCGCCAGCGAUUACAACUUCUUGGUGUUGCUUGUAUGCUUAUUGCUGCAAAAUACGAAGAAAUAUGUGCUCCACAAGUUGAAGAGUUCUGUUAUAUUACUGAUAACACAUACUUCAAGGAUGAGGUUUUGGAAAUGGAAGCCGACGUUUUGAAAUACUUGAAAUUUGAAAUGACAGCUCCAACUUCUAAGUGUUUCUUGAGGAGAUUCAUUCGUGCAGCACAAGGAUCUGAUGAGGUUCCAGCAUUGCAACUUGAGUUUCUCGCCUGUUAUAUCGCAGAGCUGUCGCUUCUAGAGUACAAUUUGCUCUGCUAUGCUCCGUCGAUCAUAGCGGCCUCUGCUAUCUUUUUGGCCAAUUUCAUAAUGCAACCGACAAAGAGACCCUGGAAUGCUACACUUGGUCAUUACACACUGUAUAAACCAUCUGAUCUCUCCGACUGCGUGAAGGAGUUGCAUCGCCUUUUCUGUACUAGCGCAGGCAAUAACCUACCGGCAAUCAGGGAAAAGUACAGCCAGCACAAGUACAAAUUUGUUGCCAAGAAGUACUGCCCUGCUUCCAUACCUUUAGAUUAUUUCCAAGAUGAGGUGCAUUAGACUUGGUCAUGGGAAUCAGUUUUAGAAUCUGCAUCGUGAGUCAGCUCAUCCAUUGCAUGAUGAGACUCCUUGAACUGAUGGAAGCCACUGACAGUUCCGACGACUCACCAAUGCACAUACAUCGCUCAGCUAGCUACUAAUGGAGAGGCGCUCUGAUGAGUUGUUCAUUGUGCUGAUCUCGCUUUUUUCUUUGUACCCUUAUGAAGAAUUUGUGAAAAUUAUGGUCGAUAAUUUCACUUCCUGUGUGUAUCGGCGUUCGCCUUGCCGUUUCCGAAAGCCACCGCUCACCCUGUAUGCAAUCUUACGGUCAACUCGGUUGACAUGUCGAAAGCUUUGACUUUGGUUGUGGUGUUCAGAUAGAUGGAGAAGCUGCGUCCCAAGGAUCGUUGAUCGUUUCCACUAUGUACUUGCAUAAUGAUCACCCUUGCGUUAGUCAUAUCUGUGAGCUCGCUUUGUAUGUUAAUUUUCCGCUAUUGAUAUGA